CAAAAUCCGAUUUUUUCUGGUUAUCCAAACAAACACACUCUCUCUUUUCUCUCUGUGUUGUCCUGUGUAGAACGUAGAAGAAGAAGAAGAAGAAUGUUAAGUUGUUCAAUUUCAGCGGUGUCUUCUUCAUCUUCAUUUCUCUCUGAUUCUCCCUCUACUUCCUCUCACAUUCGAAUCAAACCCUUCUUCUCUCCUUCAAACAGAACCUCUCUUUGUGGGUUCCCAAGAGCACUCCUUUCCAAUGCUGUUCUCGGAGCCCAACAAGAAAAUGGGUCGCCGCAGAAGUUUCAGCAGAACAAUUCCAUCGCUGAUUUCAUGAGAUUUAAACGUGGGGUUGAUGAUGGGGGAAGUGGGGAGUUGCAGACAGCACUUGUUAGCUAUAGGAAGAAGUUCCCUUGGUCCCUUUUGCGCCCUUUCCUUCAGGUUGACUUGGUUUCAACAAUUCACAUCGCUGAUGAAGAGUAUUUUCUGGCCCUCCAGAAGGAACUUGAAUCCUAUGAUUGUGUCCUUUAUGAAAUGGUGGCUAGCAGGGAAAGUUUAGAGAAUAGAAGAAAUCCUACUGUUACAAAAAGGUUAAAAGGUUCACGCACCAAGGGUUUUAACAUUUUGGGAUGCAUCCAAAGACAGAUAGCUCGAAUUCUUAUGCUUGAUUUCCAAUUAGAUUGUCUGAAUUACCACUUUACAAAUUGGUACCAUGCAGAUCUUGACUACGAGACCUUCAAAUUACUUCAGCUUGAAAAAGGUGAAAGCUUUUUUUCGUUUGCAAAGGAUAUGACUCUUAGGUCUACGAAAGCAGUAUUGCAGCCAGCUUCAAUUCCGGAAGAUCUUGACCCAUGGAGAUCCAAGCUUUUAUGGGCUUCACGUGUACUUCCUAUGCCACUUGUUGGCCUUCUUAUCAUUGAAAGUGUUUGUGCAGAUGUGGGUGGUCAAGCAUCAGAAUAUCCUGAAAUAGAGGCAUUGUCAAGGCUUGAUUUUGGUGCUGCCAUGAAGGUCUUCCUUGCAAAGAGGCUAACAUCUGAAUUGACACAGGUGACAGCAGAUGUAGAAGAGAAAUCAGUUAUAAUUGGUGAGAGAAAUAGAGUUGCAAUAGAGACCCUUAGAACAGCAAUGGACAAGGGACACAAUAGGAUUGCCAUACUUUAUGGGGGUGGCCACAUGCCAGAUCUUGGGAGAAGAUUGAGGGAAGAGUUUGAUUUAAUCCCAUCUAGUGUGCAGUGGAUAACAGCUUGGUCCAUAAGGAAAAGGGACCUAAAUACUAAUUCACUUCCAUUUCUGAAGACAAUUGCUAAGGCCUCUGGCUGGCCAUUGAACCGCUAUCAAACAUUGGCAUUGCUCAUCUUUUCAUCAGUCUUGGCAUUGGAUCUUUGGUUCUGGGAGCUCUUCUUUGGCACUGCAGUUAAUUGGGUCUCUGAACUUGGCUCAGAACUUCUUUGCUAUGUCGAUAACUCACAGAUUAUAUGAUUAUUAUUGGACUCAGAAAAUUCUUACUAAUUAAUAAACAGGAUGAAGAAAUCUUGUAUGUGUCAGUGUAAAUAUGAAAAGCUUUAUUAACAAAAUUGAAAUUCCAAAUGUUACCAUUUCUC